AUGGCUUCAGCUCCUUUUUUGGCUUCCUUGCUAUUCCUACUUCUUACAACAGCACUGUCCACAUCAAGGCAAGUUCUUGAUCACCAGCAGGAGCAAUUGGGGUUCCGGGUGGGCCUAAAGCACGUUGAUUCGGGUCAUAAUUUCACCAAACUACAAUCAGUCCAACGAUCAAUCCACCGUGACAAAAUUAGGAUAAAGAGGUAUGGUGCAAUGGCAACUACUCCCCCUAUCGACAACAUUCAAGCCCCGGUCCAUGUUGGUAAUGGAGAAUUCCUGAUGGAAUUUUCAAUUGGAACACCAAGGCUACCCUUUUAUGCCAUAAUGGACACAGGAAGCGACUUGAUAUGGACACAAUGCACCCCAUGCAUGGAGUGUUUUGAUCAACCAACCCAGAUUUUUGAUCCCAAGAAGUCAUCUACAUGCUCUAAUAUUUCAUGUUCUAGUGAAUUAUGUAAAGAUAUGGACUAUUUCAAGUGCAAUAAUGGGUGCAAGUACUUGUACAUGUAUGGAGAUGAGUCAUCCACACAAGGAUUCAUGGCAAUGGACACUUUCACUUUUGGGGACUUGGGUUAUGACCCUGUGUCCAUACCAAAUAUAGGGUUUGGUUGUGGGGUAAACAACCAAGGCACAGGGUUAGGCCAAGGUUCAGGCCUAGUGGGACUAGGGCGCGGACCGUUAUCACUCAUUUCACAGCUUGGUUUAAAAAAAUUCUCGUACUGUUUAACCUCCAUAGGUGAGAACAAAACAAGUAGUCUACUUUUAGGGUCUAUAGCUGAUUUGAACUAUACUACUUCAAGUGUUGGUAUACUUCAAGGGACCUCACUGAUACAAAAUCCUUUCCAACCAUCAUUUUACUAUGUCUAUUUAGAAGGGAUCACAGUGGGAGAAACCUUAUUACCCAUCUCGAAAACCACGUUUAAAAUUGGAGAAGAUGGCAGUGGGGGCAUGAUCAUUGACUCUGGAACCACCAUAACUUACAUACAAGAGGAUGCUUUUGGUUUGAUCAAGAAAGAGUUCAUUAGACAGAUGAAGCUGAGGAGGUCCCAAGAGGAUAGUAUAGGACUUGACCUGUGCUUUGAUCUGCCAACAGACGAUACCCCAGAGAUUACGGUUCCGAAACUAAAGUUUCACUUCAAGGGUAUGGAUUUGGAGUUGCCUGGGGAGAAUUAUAUGAUAGUUGAUACGAAGAUGGGGGUGGUGUGCUUGGCAAUGGCUGCGUCUAGUGGGAUGUCAAUAUUCGGGAAUAUUCAGCAGCAGAAUCUGCUGGUUUUUCAUGACCUUGAGAAGGAAACUGUGUCCUUUUUGCCCACUCAAUGUGAUCUAUUGUAA